AUAGAGGAAUCAUUUGAUGCGACUGUAGAGUUUCUUCACACAGUUUCCGAGUCGUCUCUCUCGAUCGUCUCUUCCGCGUCAAUCAUCUUCGUUCCUUUAAAACCUCUCCUCAGCUACUCUCUUCCUCAAUCGUAAUCCCUAUCCAUCCUCCACCUCUGCGUCUCUUAGCUUGAAUCUCUCUAGGGUUUACCCACCAUUUCCGAUAAAACCCUAGUUUUUUCCUCUUUGGAUCUUAAGUGGGGGCUUCUUUUGUAAUGGAGAACGAGACUCGUAGCGGGUCUCUUCAGAACUCUUCGUCCUCUAGGAAAGAGUGGCGCGCCGUUUCCGAUUCUCACAACUUCGGAAACGCCACUGAUUACGUGAAUGGAAGAGAGGCUGCUGGUGGUGAUUUGGAUUACUACUCAAUCACGGUGGAUGAUGGUGAAGUCUUGGAGCAGAUUCGUGCCCUUUCUAGACAACAAGGGGAGCUUCAGCAGCAGGAGGUUGAGCUCCGAGCUCGUGUGUUGGCUAUGGAGAUCCAGAGGAGCUUUGAGUCUCGUUCUGCUGAGUAUGAGAAUGCUGCUGCUAGGAUGCAGGAGCAACUUCGUGAGAAUGAUAGGUCUAUUCGGGAGAUGGAGAGGAAGCUAGAGGAGAAAGAAAGGGAGCUUCAUGCUGUUAAGCUUGAUAAUGAAGCGGCAUGGGAGAAAGAGGGGCUACUAAGAGAACAAAACAAAGAACUUGCUACGCUCAGAAGGGAGCGUGAUCACUCUGAAGCUGAGAUGUCCCAAAGUUUACACAAAAUAUCUGAACUUCAGGAGCAUGUUCAAGAGAAGGAGAGACAGUUCGCUGAAUUGCAGGAACAGAAUAGGAUUGCUCAAGAAACAAUCAUGUACAAGGAUGAGCAACUGAGAGAAGCGCAAGGCUGGAUUGCGCGUGCUCAAGAGAUGGAUGCUUUACAAUCAUCUACAAAUCACUCCUUGCAGGCUGAGUUGAGAGAACGUACUGAGCAGUAUAACCAGCUCUGGCUUGGUUGCCAAAGACAGUUUGCGGAGAUGGAGAGAUUGCAUUUGCAUACAGUGCAACAGCUUCAGCAUGAGCUUGCCAAUGUAAAAGGAGGUGGCUCUAAAACAAACCCCAACGGUGCCUCCCAGAUUAUCCAAAACAGUGGGAACCAAAUCAAGAACAUUCAAGCGGGUCAGGUGAACCCUCUGCAUUCGUUUGCCAUGCAUCAACAAGAGCUUCUUCAACCUCGGGGACCUCCACCUCAUGUUCCAGAAUCAGUGUUACUGCAGCAAAAGGCUGUACCAGCUAGUGCAGAGAUGCCUAGGCAGAAUUAUGUGCAUCCAUCUCAAGUUGUACAUGGCUUAGUAAGUUCUGAUGAGAAGAGUGAACACCAAGUGCCUACCAAUGGACAGUCCCUUGAUCAAGGGUAUCUCGAUGUUCAAACUAGCCACGGAGCACAAUUCGGACCAACCACACCAUCAUCCUCUGUGAAUGAACAGGUGGUGGAAUCUGGAAAUGGAUCCAAUGCGUCAGAGAAUAACUUUCAGGAUAUUUCUUCGCAGUUCCGUGAUGCGCUAAGGCUAGAUUCCGUUGCCAUCAAUCAGAAACCUGAGGAGAUUAAUGGUCAGGUUUCUCCUGGUGAGCCAAAUGGUGUUGCGCGUGAAACUCUAGUCUCAUUUGGUAAAACUGAGAGGAACUUGGAGAGUGCUCUUCUAGAUGAAAGGUCGCUUUUGGCUUGCAUCGUUCGCACUAUACCAGCUGGUGGAAGAAUCAGAAUCAGUUCAACGCUUCCCAAUCGUUUGGGCAAAAUGCUAGCUCCUCUACACUGGCAUGAUUACAGGAAGAAGUACGGGAAGCUGGAAGAUUUUGUUGCUAGCCAUCUCGAGUUAUUCAUGAUAGAGGACGACUACAUUCAAGUGAGGGAAGGUGCGCAGAAAAUGGUAGCAGGUUCAGCUUCAGCAGCAGCAGGCAAAGUCGCAGUUUCAUCAUCUCCAAGCUCCAUGUAUGUGGCUAUGACUCCUAUGGCUCAAUCUCAGGGGUUAAAGAAGAAUGUCCAAAGAGGAAGACAGAGCUCUGAUUACAUGGCGCCGCAACAGAGGAAGCUCUGAAGUGAAUGCAGCAUGUAAGAGCAAGGCGUGACAUUCUUCUAUCUUAUUUUUAUCUAUUUUGUUUAAUGCCUUACUUAUUAAAAGAGAAUCAAUUUGGGAGAGUAACUUUAAUUUAGUAUUUUAUUUACAUUGCUGCUAUCA